GACAGAAUAUGUUUAUUAUUUUGAUUUGUGUUUUGUUUUGUUAUGUUACUCAACUCUACUUGUUGCUAAGGAAUAGCAAAGAGGAUCAGAGAACUUCUAACAAAGAUGGAAAACUAAAGGUGAGGAGUUUUGGAUUUCUUUCCCCGUAUUCUUCAAUGAUUUCUAAUUGAACUACAGUUGUUGGUACAGCAGUUCUUUAUGAAAGAAUUUGUGGAAUUAUGUGAUCCUGCUCUGCUGUUCCACUAUCAAGCUCAAUUUCAAAUGAUAAUUUAAUCCAUUUUUUAGAAGUUACUCAUAUCACCAUGUAUUUAAACAGCUUGUUUACAAAUCCAUAUGCCAUAGAAGUCCUAAAGACAAAAAAGGAAGAACUGGUAGAAGGCAUAAACAACUCAGACCAUCUUCUUGACUGGCUGAUAGACAAUGGUAUUUUUACACCAGAGAAAAAAAUGGUUAUGUCCUACUACAGAACACGAAUAGCAAAGAACUCCCGGGUUUUGGAUAUCCUGGUCUCUCAAGGUGAGCGAGCUUGCAGGCUGUUUUUUUAUCCAUGUCUAAAACAAGUGGAGCCAAAUCUAUAUAAUAGAGUUAAAAAAUAUGUCAGUGAUGUGAAUGAAAGUAUUGGAGAUGCUAGGAGACAACUGGUAGGGUAUCUACUUGAAAAGGACAAGGAAUGGACUGAAACGACCAGUGAACAAAACCAAGAGAAGAAAGAUAUUCCUAGACAUAUUUUAUCAAAGCAAGAAAGAGCAACUAAAGAGAAAGUUAAACAAACGCAAAAUUUACCUGCAGCAAAACCUAAGAAAGAUGAUUCUAAUGCUGUUAGUAUCUUUGAUGCAGCUGCUAAAGGUGAUCUUUCUGAUCUAGCGGAAGUAUUGAAGGAGAAUAAUAUUAAUGCAGUAAAUGCCUCAAAUGAAACACUUCUGCAUAUUGCAGCUGCUAAUGGACGUGUUGCAAUAAUUGAAUAUUUAAUUAACAAAGGUGCUAAACUAGAUGUAAAGGAUAAAAAGGGAAGAACACCAAUGCACAGGGCCGCUGAAAAAGGACGGGAUGAUGCAGUGAAAGUGCUUCUCCAAGCUGGUGCCUACAUAUACAGCUUGGAUAAAGAAGCCAAGACUCCACUUCAUUUGGCUGCUCAGAACCACCACACUCACAUACUAAAGAGGAUCCUGAAAAAAGCAAGAUGCUACAAGAACCAGCAAAACUUCUUACACAUGGCAGCUCUCAAAGAUGAGAGCAACUUUGCACAAAUGCUUUUAAAGAAUGGUGCCCCAGUUGAUGCAAAGGAUGAGAAGGGACAGACUGCUUUGGGUUAUGCCAUUUCCCACGGAUUUGAGAAAACUGUAAAGGUGUUGCUAGAAGCUGGAGCCAACAUUGACUCUAACAUCACUGAUGUAGCCUUCAAUAAUAACAAACAAUCCAUAUUCAGAAUACUGCUGGAAUAUGCGAAAGGAUUGUCCCCUGACAUCAUGGUGUCAGCUCUUUUUAAAGCUGUCCAGAAGAACCUGCAUGGCACUGUAGCAGCUUUAGUUGACAGAGGCAUAGAUAUCAACGUCCGCAAUGAAAUGCAGUACACACCUUUACUCAUGGCAUGUGAAAUGGGUAGAACAGAGACUGCAGAAGUUCUCAUUGCAAAGGGGGCUAGUUUGGAGGCGAGGAUGCCCAACUCAAACACGGUUUUACACUUGGCAGUUCAAGCCGGGGCAGUCUCCAUCACAAAUCUGCUUCUCUGCAAAGGGAUGAAUGCUAACAUCACAAGCCAGGGAGAGCAAACACCGCUCCAUGUUGCUGCAUUUCAUAAUAAGGGAUCAAUAGUUGACAUUUUAAUCAAUGCUGGGGCCAAAAUUAAUGCUGUCACUAAGGAAUUAGUCACUCCCUUGCACGUCGCAAGCCAAAGAGGUAAUGUUGAUGUUGCUCAACAGCUGCUGAAUUACAAAGCCAACGUUAAUGCAAAGGAUAAGCAGCCAAAGACACCCUUACAUCUUGCUGCUGAAAAGGGAGAUCAUGCAAUGGUGGAGCUGCUUCUUAGUUUUAAUGCUGAUCCCAAUGCAAUGGACAAGGAGAAAAAGACCCCACUUCACACUGCAGUUAUGGGAGGCCAUCUCAAUACAGUUAAAGUUCUGUUAGCACAGAAGGCCAGAUUUGGAAUUAAGGACAUGAAUGGCUGCACACCAAUGCACUAUGCAACCAUCAAAGGCAAUGCAGAGAUAGUACAGAUCCUUUUGACAGCAGGGAAGAAUAAAAAUAUUGAUGAUAAAAAUAUCUGGAGAAAGACUCCACUGCAUCUUGCAGCAGAACAUGGACAUGGUGACUUGAUAAAUUUGUUGUUGAGUAAUGGGUCAGCCAUUAAUGCUUUAGACAACAACAAGGAUACCCCAUUGCAUUGUGCUUGCAGGGCUGGUCAUUUUAACUCGGUAAACUCACUUGUCAGCUGGUCUCAGGGAGAGAAAGCAAACUUACAAGCCACUAAUGGCCUCAAAAAGACUCCACUGCAAGUAGCAGAACUUAGCGCAAGUGACAACCAAGCUCAGAUUGUAACACUUCUGAAAAAGAAAAUGUUAGUAAGAUGAAUUUGUGAUGAGGAAUACAUUAAAAAUGUUUAAGUGUGUGAAAUUAUAAUCUUGCAAUCUGGAUAUAUAGGAUACUACAUCUUUAGUUCAGAUGUUAAAAUCAUAUAUACCUGGGCACGGUUGAUCGAUAUAAGGAUAACGAAGAAUGCAGCUGGGGCUAAUAAAAAUAAGCUAAUUUUCAGAGGUGGUAAAUAUAGAUAUACACAUAAAGAUAUAAAACCCAUUGUUGAUCUACUAUGUGUUGCCAACUCUCUUGAUUUUAUUAUGAAUCUCACGAUAUUUGGUGUCUUUCUUAGAGACCCAACCUUGAGAGUCAAAUGAGCAUGAACAAAUCUCAUCUUUUAUGCUAAAAAAAUAAGUACGUUUCUAGCCUUUGCUGUUGAAAAUUAAAGCUUGAAAAUGUGAAUAUUGCAGGAUCAAAAAUCAGAAUGAAAAUAAGAAUACUAGAUUUAUUAUUUUUUUAAAAUCAAGACUUUUAAGAUGAUUUAUCAAGAUUUUCUGGGGCCUGACUCAAGAUUUGUGAAUGGUUGCGGUUGGCCAGUAAUGGUUGAGAUGAGUAAAAAAGUGCUAGAUAUUCAAAUACAAUAUUAACCAGUAUAUUUAAGUUUAAUUAAAGUAUUACUGUUUGGUUAAAAUCAUGUUUGUUACACAAAUUUCCUUUCCUAUGUUACAAACAGCAACUAAGAUUAUAAAAAUACAUUUUCAUUUUACAUGUCACUUGAUCUAUGCUGUUUGUUUACUUUUUGCUUUUCUCAGCAUGGACAAUGAAAACACACUAGUCAGUUUCACAGUUGUUUGUAAUGAGUUUCUUUCAAGCUCACAGGUUCUAGCACAAAGCUGCAAUGUUUAGACUGCAUACACUGCAGUGAAGUGUUCAUUAAUUUUAAUAUUUCCGGUAGAUUUUUCUUUAAAUUGAAUAUAUUUUUAUUGGUUCGUAAUUGUGUAAAAGCUUUCUAAUAGAACCAAAUCCGAAGU